GGAGACUGUCAUCCUUGAUGCCACGGAAAGGGAACGGCAACACCAUCGCUCUUUUGUCCGUGGAUCAUUCCUCGGAACCAGCACCAUUGCCUUUCCCUGCCUUUGGAAUUGCCAUUACAGCCGGGAGAUUUGCUCCUUUUGAAUCCAAGGGAAAAUUAUUCCAAAACACCCGCCAGCAUGGAAACCCGAACCGUUUUCCAACGAAGGGAAGAGGAGCAAAAGGAAGAGCGGCACCGAGAUCUGCAAAUGACCUCCAGAACAAGAAAAACCAAAUUCAAGACAAGCGAGGAAGAGGAAGGCUUCACAGCUUCAGAGUUAUCCAUCGCAUCCGCCCUUGCAUUGACGUCUGAAGUAUCAUGGGAAACCCGGAUGAGACGGGAAGCUGCCAUCCUGAAGCUGGACGAGAGGGGACACAAGCAGGUCCGGUUUGGGAACGACAUGGAAAAGUUGGAGAAAGAGGUCAUUCGCAAUUGCCGGUUCUUGCGUGUGAAGGCAGACCGAAAAGCCUUGCGGAGAAAGGCGGAAGCCAAGGCCCGGCUGGAAAAGGAGGUCAUGGAGCUGCUGUCCUGCCGGGCGCCGAUGUUUUGGAUCCCGCUCCGGGCUCACGCCGUUUGGGAAAGAAUGAGCGUGAAACUGGAAUGUACCGUAUUGGCCUCCCCUUUGCCCACCGUGACUUGGUAUAAAAAUGGAGUUCGGAUUGACCCCCGUUUCAGUCCAGCCGGGAAAUACAAGAUGAAAAAUGAGUUUGGGAUGCUGACCUUGGACAUUAGCAGGUGUUCCUUGGACGAUUCUGCAGAAUACAGCGUUGAGGUGAAAAACCCAUAUGGCGAGGCUUACUCCUUUGCUACGGUCCUUGUCCGAAAAUAUUACGGGAAGAAGUCUGGGUUUGACUCCGAGAUAUACAAAACAUCACUCAGAGGCCUAGAGGCAGACUUUGCCACCACUUUGAAACACGUCUUUUCCCGCGAGAAGGAGCCAUUCAGACUUUUCUGUUCUUUUACAAUGGAUUUGCUGGAGCACCAACAGGAUGUCUGCUGGUUCAGAGACGGGGAGUUGCUGAAAGAUUCGGACCGGCGGAAAAUCCGGUGCGAAGACCGCGAGGCUUCCCUGGCUGUACCUUGUGCUUACAAAGAGGACGAAGGGUUUUACAGCAUCCGGAUCCCGACGCAAGAAGGAUACAACGAGCAAAGAGCUUACGUCUUCGUUAGGGAUGCUGAGGCUGAAAUUGUUGGAGCUCCUGGGUCACCUCUUUGUGUGAAAUGCCUCAAUGUGAAUAAAAACAGCCUUGUGCUGUCCUGGAUCCCACCCAGCGAUAACGGAGGAAGCCCUGUCCUUGGCUAUUUUAUCGAAAGGUGCGAGCUGGGCACAGGCGAGUGGGUGCCGUGCAAUGAGGCGCUCGUGAAAACCUGCCGGUCUCCCAUUAUGGGACUCACCGAAGGAAAGACGUACCAAUUCCGAGUGAAGGCGGUCAACCGCACGGGGAUCGGACACCCGUCCAAGUCCAGCGACCCAGUGACAAUGACCGACCCCAACGAGGCCAAAAGAUUGAUGAACAUCCCUUAUGACGAUGGGAUGCGGACCAUCACCGUUUCCAAAGAUGAACUAGAGCCAAAGAUUAAGAUCCCUCUGCCACCCACCAACGUCCAUGCCAGCGAAGUCCGGGAAGAUUAUGUGAUCCUAUCUUGGGACGAGCCGGACCCCCGGGGCCAAGAGCCGCUGAGCUAUUUUGUAGAGAAGUCCAUCGAGGGCAGCGACAGUUGGCAGAGGGUCAAUCUUGACACUCCGGUCAAUUCCACAACCUUGGCUCUCUUUGACCUGGCCAAAGGGAAGUCCUACCGUUUCCGCGUGAGAUCGGUGAACAAGUAUGGAGUCAGCGAGCCUUCGUUGCCCAGUGAACCCAUCUCAUCCGGAGAAAAAAUAGCUCCCCUGCCUCCACCAUCUCAAGUCCUGGCCUUCAGAGACACCAACACGUCUGUUCUUGUCCAGUGGAGCAAGCCCAAGGAGGGUGAGGAAGAGCCCCUUGGCUACUACGUAUACAGCCAGGAGGUUGGGACGGACGAAUGGCAGACGGUCAACAACAAGCCCCUUAAGUGUCAUGAGUUUGUUGUUCCGGGGCUCAAAACCGGCAAAGAGUACGUCUUCUGCGUGAAAUGUGUCAAUGAAGCAGGAGUCGGCGACAGCUCCCCCGAGUCAGACCCCAUCCUUGUCAGACAGGCCAUCUCUUGUCCAUCUCCUCCUCGGGACUUUGCUUUGCUGAACUGCGGGAAGAACAGCAUGACCAUUGGCUGGAAACCUCCCAAACGCAAAGGAGGCACAACUAUUCUGGGCUAUUUCCUGGAUCAGCACGAUGUGGCCGAGAUCGACUGGCACGAGGUCAACGUGAAGCCAAUCCCGCAACGUGUUUACACGGUUGACAACCUGACCGACGGGCGCUUCUACGAGUUCCGUGGUUACGCCAUGAACGUGGUUGGGGUUGGAAACGUAUCUGAACCAAGUGAUGUUUUUAAGUGUGAAGAAUGGACAAUGCCAGAGCCAGGUCCUCCCUAUGAUGUACGGUGUUCCGAAGUGCGCGACACGUCUCUCAUGGUCCAUUGGGAGCCACCUUUGUACACCGGAGCAGGCCCCGUCAUUGGAUAUUUCGUGGAGGCCUGCGAGGAGGGAUCGGACACCUGGGAACAACUCAACAAGGAGCCAGUAAACAGCACCCACAUGAAGCUUUCUGAUCUGGAGACAGGAAAGUGCUACAUUUUCCGAGUGCGGGCCAUGAACAAAGCAGGGAUCGGCCCACCGUCUUUGCCGUCAGAUCCCGUCACAGUAAAAACCAAACCAGGUACUAAAGAAAUUGAACUUGGGGUAGACGAAGAAGGGUUUAUCUACAUGGCUUUUGAGGCCCCCGAAGUGGUGGACACCUCUGAAUUUAUCUGGUCCAAGGAUUACGAAGGGCCUCCGAAACCAGACCGAGUCCAAGCUGUAGAUAAAGAUGACAAAUCUAAGCUCAUCCUGAAAUAUGCCACCGAAAGGGACCUGGGAACCUAUUCAGUGGAAGUGACUGACACUGAUGAAGACAUCUCCGCCAGUCACGUUUUAACCGAAGAAGAAUUGGACAAGCUCCGGAAGAUCAGCCAUGAGAUCCGAAACCCCUUGAUCGAGUUGAUAUCUGGAUGGAACAUCGAUGUGCUGGAGAAAGGAGAGGUUCGGCUUUGGUUGGAGGUCGAAAAGCUCUCUCCGGAGGCAGAGCUUCACUUGAUCUUCAACGGGAAGGAGCUUUCAAGCACCCCAAGCCAUAAGAUCAAUUUUGACCCAGCCAAAGGCUUGGUGGAACUGACCAUCCAGGACUUCUCUGAAGAUGACAAAGGCACUUAUACUGCACAACUGAAGGACGGGAAGGCAGAAAACCAGUUCACUUUGGCCCUGGUUGGGGAUGAUUUUGAUAAGCUGAAAGCCGAAGCCGAUGCCAAAAAGAAAGACUGGAAGAGAAAACACGGACCUCAUUUCAUUGAGCAACUGCAGUGGAAGGUUACUGAGGACUGCGAGGUCUUGCUGACAUGUAAGGCAGCAAACAUGAAGAAAGACAGCGUCUUUCAGUGGUUCUUGGAUAACAAAAACCGCUCAGAUGGCCAAUACGAUCCAAAGACAGGUGCCGGACUCCUACGGAUUAAGAAGAUAUCCAAAGCAGAUAAGGGAAUAUACAAAGCAGUGGUUUCUGACGACAGAGGACAAGAUACGACUCAACUGGAUCUUUCCAAGGAAGCCUUUGAUGACAUCCUCAAAGAACUUGCCAGGCUCAGCAUUCUUUCUGCCUCACCUUUGAAAGUCCAGCCAACCCCAGAAGGCAUCAAGAUCGACAGCGAGGUGAAAUGCUUCACAGAUGCCAUGAAAGCCACGUGGGAUCACAAUGACAAGCGUGUGGAAGGAGGGGACAGACUGAAAACUGAGACCACCAUGGACCAAGUCUGGCUCCACAUCCUGGACCCCAAGGAAUCUGACAAAGGCAAAUACGAUUUGGAGUUAACGGAUGGGACGGAGACACGCAAGUUGUCGACUGACUUGUCUGGGAAAGCUUUCGAUGAUGCACUGGCUGAACAUCAAAAAUUCAAACAAGCCGCUGUUGUGGAAGAGCACCGAGCCAAAGUUGUCCGUGGCCUUCCAGAUGUUGCCACCAUCAUGGAGAAUAAGACCCUCUGCUUGACGUGCAUCAUCUCUGGCGACCCAUACCCAGAAAUCACUUGGUACAAGAACGAGAAGGCCAUCACCUUCCAGGACCGGUACCGGAUGGAUGUGAAAGGGACAGUCAUUACCAUCACCAUUGAGAAUGUCAGCAGCGAGGACACGGGGAAGUUCAGCAUCCACGUCAAGAACAAGUGGGGCUCCGAAACGGGGAGGGUGACCGUCAGCGUCUACAAGAGGGGCGAGGAGCCCAAGGAGGUCCGGGAAGAGAUGGCGGCCAAGGGAGCCAAGCCAUAGCUCCGAAACCCAGAGCUUAUCCUCUGACCCGCAUGAAAGCAUCACUCAGAAGAGGCUGGUUUUCUUUCCUUGUGUUCAGAGUGUUUCCUUCCUUCGUCUCCAAGAAGCCACUGUCAGGUGGGAUGAGGAUCAUGUUGCACUCCUGACAUGGUUGGAUUGCAAUUCCCUGCAGUGAUAAGGAAUGCUGGGGGUUGUAGUCCAAUCACUUCAGGAAGGUAAUAUAAUUCCCACCCCUGCUGUAUUCACGUCUAACCCAAAACACUUUCUUCUACAGCCCCCUUACUUUCUGGAUGAUGAUGAGAGUACUUGAUACUCAAGAGCAGGGGUCCCCAAACUUUUUAAACAGGGGGCCAGUUCACGAUCCUUCGGACUAUUGGAAGGCCGGACUAUAGUUGGCCACCGAGCAAUAAUAAUAAUAAAGAGGGUUGGAAGAGACCCUUUGGGCCAUUGAGUCCAACCCCCUUCUGCCUUUGUGCACCAAAAGCACAAGCAAAGCAUCCCUCACAGAUGGCCACCCAGCCUCAAUAUAAUAAUAAUAAUAAUAAUAAUAAUAAUAAUAAUAAUAAUAACAAUAACAACAACAACAACAACAACAGUAAUAAAGAGGUUUGGAAGAGACCCCUUGGGCCAUUUAGUCCAACCCCCUUCUGCCUUUGUGCACCAAAAGCACAAGCAAAGCACCCCUGACAGAUGGCCUCCCAGGCUCAAUGUUAUUAUUAUUAUUAAUAAUAAUAAUAAUAAUAAAAAUAAUAACAACAACAGUAAUAAAGAGGUUUGGAAGAGACCCCUUGGGCCAUUUAGUCCAACCCCCUUCUGCCUUUGUGCAUCAAAAGCACAAGCAAAGCACCCCUGACAGAUGGCCUCCCAGCCUCAAUGAUGAUGAUGAUAAUAAUAAUAAUAAUAAUAAUAAUAAUAAUAAUAAUAAUAAUAAUAAUAAUAAUAGGAAACCUUGGGUCAUUUAACCCAACCAUCUUCUGCCUUUGUGUCGUGGGGGCCGGAUAAAUGGCUUCGAUGGGCCGCAUGUGGCCCCCGGGCCUUAGUUUGGGGACCCCUGCUCAAGAGUAACACAUUUACUUGGCAGUGAGUUGGAAACUACCACAAUCCUCUCUCUUUGGGCCCCUUCGCACUUCAUGAUUCCACUUUAACAGCCACGGUCCCAUCCUGGAGAAUCCUAGUUUUGCAAAACAGUAGACCCUCCAAUUUGCAAUUUAGGAAAGAAUACAGCAGACUCUUCAAUUUGCAGAGUUUAGAGCAUAAGACCACUGUGAAAUUGGAAAAAUGCACACCUGAGGAAGAAACGCUCUAGGAACCUCUAGGUCUUUCAGUGUAACUCAAUGCUCAAUCAUCAAGUUAUGCUGGAGGACCUACAAAUGCUUAGAGAAGUGUUACUUAUAGGAAUUUCUAGGUCCUCCACUGUGACUGUGUCCUCCACUGAAAUCUGUAGGUCUCCCUCCAGAAGUUGACCAUGAGGAUUUGUUGGAGGACCUAGAAAUGUAUAGGGAAAACAUCCUAAUAAUAACCACAAAUAAUCAAAUUUGCAAAUGCAGAGGGCCAACUGUACUUAAAAUUCUAAAGCCAACCGUUCUAGUGCCUAUAUAGAAACCUAGGAGCCAGAAAGGUUCUACUCCAAAGCCCCCAUAGCAUUAUGAUUCCACUUUAACUGCCAUGAUUCCAUCCAAUGGAAUCCUGAGAUGUGCAAUUUUAUGGGGCAUCACAGUUCCCUGGUCAAAGAUCCCUUAAACUACUAAUCUCAGGAUUGCAUUAGAUGAUAGCCAUGGCAGUUAAAGUGGAAUCAUGGUGCUGUAACUAUGUAGUGUGAAAGUGCCUUCCCUAUCCUCUAACGUUUCAGACGUGAGACAAAGCAACAUCAGGGUCGAGGUGAAGCUGGCAAAAUGUAUUGAAGAGGAAGAACACUCGAGUUAGGAGAGGCUGCAGAAGUUUGCAUUUGCCUGAACCAACUGGGAAGGACAGGAUUUUGUCUUUCCUUUCCUCUUUGAUGAGUUAAGUGAGUGCAAGCGACUCCUUUUGCAGCAAUGGAAAGAAGCUGAGGACAAAGGAAGAAGGUGGGAAGAAAAGAGAGACGUUGGGACAUUUGAAAGGCAGCUGAAAAGGUGGGAUAGCAAUGGAUUAAUGGGGAUGUCCCUGUAGAAUUAGGUUUCCGUAAGUCGGAAGUCAACUUGAAGGUACUUAACAACAUGAUGCCUUCUUUUGGUUUGACUGUCUCUGUACACAUGUGAGGAUACCAAGGCACAAUCACCCAAAGGCAAAUGCUGCAGUCAUGUGCAUGUUAAUCUUGAAUAUUUAUAAAUGGGGCAUUGAAAUGGCCAUGCAUAUGUAGCCCACGUCUUAAAAAAUUUGCAAAGCACAGUGAGUAGAAACCAGGAUGUAAAUCAAUUCACCAGCUAAAGUAAAACUAUGCAUGAAAAUC